AUGGUCGCGACAGAGGAGGCUUCGUUAGAAGCGUCGUUUGCGAAUCCGUACUCCGCGUGCGGUUUCAUCGGCGGUAUCAUCUUCUGCGUGUCAAUUCUGCCGCAGCUGAUCAAGACGUACCGUACCAAGUCCGCCCAAGACCUCAGCUAUUUCUGGCAAGCAUGCUAUCUGCUAGGACUAAUCGGAAUCAGCGUAUACGGCGUGGCGUACAAGCUCUGGCCCGUUGCCAUCCCCCUUAUAAUCGAAAUCGUUUUCAUGGUAACCCUUACUGUUCUCAAGUACCGGUACGACAAGCGGGCCAAGAGAAAAAAGGCUGCUGGUGUUGGUGCUGAGGAUGGAGGGGGUGUGACUUCAACAGCUGCUCAUGCUGAUGUUGCUGAUGGUGAUGCUGCUGUUGAUGCUGAUAUCUCCAAUAAGGGGUGUAGUGGUUCUUCUGAUGUAGAAGAGGCUGUUGAAGGGGAUGUAGAUGAUAGUAGUACUGUUGUUAUUGCAGCAGACACAGAUGGGGUUUUAGAACACAGGAGGCAUUCAGGGUCAAAGGAGCCCUUGGAUGUUGCCACUACCAGCGAGCUGGAGAUGAGAAGGCUGUAA